AGUACGACGUUCGAGCCCACUGCCUGCAUUACGGUCACAAGAUGUGAUGGGGCGCCAGCAUCCCAGUCCACGGCGGGUCAUUGGUUCAACCCUCUGAUGCUGACGUGGGGUCAACGGCCAGCCAGCGGUGGGCCACUCUUCAGCUUGCUACUGCGGUCAGUCGUCUUGGCUCCCGACACUCUCUGGAGACAUCCCGAGGUGAGGGCCGCAGAUUCGGACAACGGAUCAGGGGCACUUGUUCGUCGCUGCGAUCUCAGCCGUGCCAGCGAGAAGAAGGAUGCAGUUGGCUGCCUGCAGCUCACACCGAGGAGCACUGAGUCGGCAGUGACGCAGACCGCUGAGCCAACUUCUGGCAUCCUGACAAUGGCGCAACUCUGCUGGCAUACAAGGCCGGCUCAACACAGCACUGCGUUACACGGGCCACUGGGGUGCUUCCUCAGCAUUGCAGGGCCCUGUGACACAGAGCAAGAGGAACAAGGGCACUGUAGCUAAAAAACAAU